CUGUCCAUCACUUUGGUCGAGGUUCAUCCUGGCUCCAGAACUUUUGUGGAUCAUCUCUGUAUUUCUUUGUGAAUUCCAUUCUGGCUUUCUAAUUCUUACUGCUGAUGAGUGGUUUACAUCUUGUGGUAUGACCUCUACAUCUUCAAGUUUUCUUCGAAAGGUGGAUUGUGAUACCUUCACCCCUACCCUGUGGAGGUUGUUGGUCACUAACUGAUGUUUUUGGGGGGUUUUCACAGCUCUCAUAAUGUUUCUGACAGCUGUUGUUGUUUUCCUUGGCAGACCCAUUUGGUGUCUGUUGCUCAGUACACCGGUGGUUUCUUUCUUUUUCAGGACAUCCCAAAUUGUUGUAUUCGCUAUACCCAAUGCUUACGCACUGGAUCUGAUAGAUUUCUCAGCUUCAAAAUGACUUGCUUUUCUCCCAUCGACAGCUCUCUGUUCAUGUAGGUUUAUCCUUUUUAACAACAAAUAUAGUCUUCACAGGUGAAACCCAGGGCUCAAACCAAGAGGAGACAUUCAGAGAUGUUAAAUCUUUAAACAAAUCAGUUUAAAGAAUUAAUUUAACAGGGCACACCUGAGCAACAAAGAAACAUAUAUCACUCACAUGUUCCAAUAUUUUUGAUCACUUGUAAAAAUGGGUGGGUCCAAACAAAAGGUGGCAUGUUCUAAGUUGUUUAACACAUCUAUAUGUAAACAUGAGGAAAUUAAAGCCGAAAUUCUGAUCUAUUGUCUCAUAUUCAUCUUUUGAUCUCAAAACCCAAAUGUCUUCAAUGUGAAUUGAAAACAGUAGUAUUGGCCUUGUGUUCCAGUACUCUCCUUAAGCAUUCCUUGACAUGCAUAAGAAGCUUUUAUCUUUUAUAUUUCUGUCCACACGUCAGUUCAGCCUAUUUGCUGUGUGUACAGUAACUGUGUUUACUUUCAUUACACUUCCAGUAGCACAGAUACAGUAUGAGAGUAUAACUGGAGUACCUGUUACUCAGCUACAGUACUCACUACUGCACACUGAACUGUUAGAUCAGGUUACGGUUCACUCUCAGGGGAAAAACUAGAGACGCACCGAUACUAAAUUUCUCAGCCGAUACCGAUAAGCGAUUAUUCAGAGCGAUAUCGGCCGAUACCGAUAACCGGUAAGAUAGUUCUGCCUUUUAUGCCUUCUUAUAAAUGAAUAAUAAUUAAAAGAAUUCUGAAAGAAAUGCAAAUAAAGACUUUAUUCUCUCCAAUUCAACGAGUUGUUUCACAGUAACUGGUCUCACAUACAUAAAACACAUUAAUGAUCAUUUCUCUAAAAUGACAAAUCUACAGGAAUUUCUCUACAUUAGGUCAACCAAAUGCCACGAGCAGCCUAAAUAAAGGUCAUAAAUAAAGGAUUUUAAAUAAAGGAAAGUUGUUUACCUUAUAUGGUGAUUUGUGGGCAUUUCUUUAUGCAAAUGAGUCUUCAGAGCAGUAUCAGAGUAAAGCAGGGGUUCCCAAACUUUUCCAGGGCAAGGCCCCCCAAAUGGCAUUAACAUUUCACCGAGGCCCCCCCUUUUGCAAGAUGUCUUUAAAACACAUUAAAAAUACAGACUUCUGAAUAUAUCCCCCUUUUUUAUUAAUAAUUUCUUCUUACAUCUUCACAUUACAAUACAUUAGGAAUUGAUUGUGUGUGUGUGUUUGUGUGUUUGUGUGUGUGUGUGUGUGUGUGUGUGUGUGUGUGUGUGUGUGUGUGUGGUUGUUUGAGAGUGAGAAUUUAUUUUUCACACCAAAUUGUUGAGGCCCCCCGGGCGCCCCCUGGUGGCCCCCACUUUGAAAACCACUGGAGUAAAGCACGUGCUCACUGGCGCUUCCUAUACACAAAUGUAGAACUUUGAUUAAAAAUUUAAAAAGAGCCCCCUGGUGGUAGAACAUUUAUUAUGAGAGUGAAGCUUCUUCAGAAUCUUUCAGCCCGCCCCCAUCUCUCUCUCUCUCUCUCUCUCUCUCUCUCUCUCUCUCUCUCCUGCUUCGUAAUGAAAGUGAAAGAGACUUCCUCAUAGAGACAGGACAAGAAAGAAGCAGUUCCGAGAAUCUACAAAGAUCAGUCAAUCAUGAAAAGACACGUCUCGGGCCAGACAGCAGAGCCAGAUGGAUUCACAAAGCGGCUCAAAGGAACCUCAGCAGCAGAAAGACCAAACUCACCUGCUCCCAGCUGUGUGUCCAUGAAGAGUGAUGUGUCCAGGGAGAUGGUUAUCAAUUUCAGCCGAGGGGAAAAGAGCAGUGGAAAAAGGUCUGAAAGUGAAAGAGACUUCCUCAUAGAGACAGGACAAGAAAGAAGCAGCUCCGAGAAUCUACAAAGAUCAGCAGAAAGACCGAACUCACCUGCUCCCACCUGUCUGUCCAUGAAGAGUGAUGCGUCCAUGGAUUUUCUUCACCAGUUCAGCCGAGGGAAAAACAGCAGUGGAAAAAGUGUCGAGAUAGAAAGACCACACUCACCGUCACCUAGCUAUGUCUCUGUGGAGAGUGAAAAGUCAGUAGAACUCAACCAGGACGAUGGGGAAGCUUUUCUACGUUUGCACCCAUCAGCCACUGUAUCGGCGACGUACGCACCACAAGAGCCGAAACUCUGCCUGCAGCACCGCAUGCCUCGGGAAAUUUACUGCAAGACAGAUGAGACCCUGAUGUGUAAACAGUGUGCAACUGUGGAGCAUCGAGGACACGACAAGUGCUACACACAGGGCGCUAGGGCCCUGCUGGAGCUGGACCCAUUGUCUUUACUUGAGCAAACACUGAACCAUGUAGACACAAAAAACUUCAUGUGGUAUCUUUGCCAAAAUUACCCAGAAUGCUUUGAGACUCCUCAGGUGAAUUGUGAUAUCCAGGAGGCAUCUAAACUCAUUCUGGAGAGAUUUGGCUCAGAUGCAGCUCCAAAGAUUGCGCUAAAGGUCAUGUUGGAGUUAGCGAAAAGUCAUAAGACCAUCCAAGAUCAUGUCAGAGCUAACCUAAAGGAUCAUCUUAGAUUUAAAUUCCAGAGCAUACGUGAAGGAAAUGCUCAGCAGGGGAACCAGACUCUUCUAAAAGACAUCUUCACCGAGCUUCUCAUUACCGAAGGAGGAGGGGAUGGAGCUGUCAAUAAAGAACAUGAGAUCAGACAGAUCGAGGAUGCGUGCAAGAACAAGGGAAUGGAAGAGAUUGUGAUCAAAUGCAACGAUAUCUUUCAACCUUUACCCGGACAGAACAAACGCAUUCGGACCGUGCUAACCAAGGGCAUCGCUGGGAUCGGGAAAACUGUGUCUGUACAGAAAUUCAUCUUGGACUGGGCAGAAGGAAAUGCGAACCAGGAUAUCCAAUACAUCUUCCCACUUCCUUUCCGCGAUCUGAAUUUGAAGGGAAAUGAUGAGUAUAGUGUGAUGCAGCUUCUUCAUCUGUACUUUCCAGAACUUAAAGAACUCAAAACUCUAAGGAGCGAGGAAGUGAAAACCGUGUUCAUCUUUGACGGCCUGGACGAGUGUCGACUUCCCCUGGAUUUCACGAACAACGAAAUGUGCUCCGACCUGACAAAGAAAAUCUCGGUGGAUGUCCUGCUGACAAACCUCAUUCAGGGAAAUAUACUUCCCUCUGCUCUUCUCUGGGUUACCUCUCGACCAGCAGCGGCCAAUCGGAUCCCUCCCGAGUGCGUUGACCAGGUUACCGAGGUCCGAGGCUUUAACGACUCGGAGAAAGAGGUGUACUUCAAAAAGAGGUUCGAUGAUCAAGGCCUCGCUGAUAAAAUCAUUAAACACAUAAAGUCUUCAAGGAGCCUCCACAUUAUGUGCCAUAUCCCUGUCUUCUGCUGGAUAUCUGCCACGGUUCUGGACAAGAUGUUGGACAAAUCAGACACGGAAGUACCUAAAACUCUGACCCAGAUGUACACCCACUUUCUUCUCAUCCAGACACAUUUGAAAAACAAGAAAUACCACGGAUUGAUUCAGGACAACAUGGACCUGCCCGAAUCUGACAAAGAGAUGAUCUUCAAACUGGCCAAGCUAGCGUUUCUGCAGUUAAAGAAAGAAAAUCUGAUUUUCUACGAAAAUGAUUUGACCGAAUGCGACAUCGACGUUAGCAAAGCGACCGAGUACUCUGCAAUCUGCACAGAAAUUUUCAAAGAGGAGUCCGGAUUGUACCGAGAGAAGGUCUUCUGCUUUGUACAUCUGAGCAUUCAGGAGCACUUAGCUGCUGUCUAUGUGCAUCUUCAAUUUACAGACAGCCACAUAAACGUACUCCAAGAAGACACCGAGAAUCAGAGUGACACGGUAAAGAUGUCAGAUUUGCACAAGAGCGCUGUGGAUAGAGCGUUGAAGAGCGAGAACGGACACUUUGACCUUUUCCUGCGCUUUCUUCUCGGCCUCUCGCUCGACUCCAAUCGGGCUCUUUUGAGAAGCGUGCUCCCGAACCCGUGUUUGGAGAGUUUGGAAGAAACAGUGGACUACAUCAAGGAGAAGAUCAGAAAGGAGUCGUCGGCAGAAAGGACUAUCAACCUGUUCCACUGUCUGAAUGAACUGCAUUACAACUCGUUGGUGGAAGAAAUCCGUAGUUUCCUGAGAUCAGGCACGCAGUCAGAGACGGAGCUUAAACCAGACCAGUGCUCAGCUUUGGCCUAUGUGCUGCUAACGUCAGAGGAGGUGAUGAAUGAAUUUGACUUGAAGAUGUGUAACACGUCUCCUGAGGGAUAUCGGAGACUGUUACCAGUUGUCAAGACUUCGAGACGAGCCAGUCUUGCUGGCGUCAACCUCACAGACGAAUCCUGUGAGACCCUGGCUUCCAUUCUCCAGUCUGCUAACUCACACCUGGUAGAACUGGACCUCAGCUUUAACAGUUUGGGAGAUUUAGGAGUGAAACUUCUCUGUAGCGGCCUCUCAAAUCCACACAGCAAACUGGAGAAGCUGACUCUCAGUCACAACGAGCUCGAACAUAUAGGAGUGAAGCUGCUGUGCGACUGUCUGAUGAGUCCACACUGUAAACUGCAGACUCUCGGAUUGGCUGGCACAAACUUCGCAGAACAAUCUUGCGAAUUAAUGGCCUCAGUUUUCCAAUCUGCUAACUCGCACCUGAAGGAGCUCGACCUCGGCUGCAAUAACAUGAAAGACUCCGGAGUGAAGCUUCUCUCUGCUGGACUGAUUAGUCUGCAGUGUAAACUGGAGAAACUCAGGUUGGACAGAUGUGACCUCAGCCAUGAAUCAUGUGAAGCCUUGAAAACGGUUCUUCAGUCACCCAACUCGCGCUUGAGACAGCUGGAUCUCAGCUACAACAAGCUAGGAGACUCUGGAGUGCAACAGCUCUGUGAUGGACUAACACAUCCAAACUGUAAACUGGAGUUACUGGAUCUGAGCUACAACAACCUCGGCCACUCCGGAGUAGAACUUCUCUCUACUGGACUGAUGGAUCCAGACUGUAAACUCAAGAGUAUAAGACUUGCUGAUGUCGGCAUCCCAGAUGAGACGUGUGAAACUCUGGCCUUGGCUCUACAGUCAGAAAAUACAUACCUCAGAGAGCUCGAUCUCAGCAACAAUUACAUUGGAGAUUCAGGAGUGAAACUGCUCUGUGCUGGAUUAUCCAGCCCAAACUGCUUCCUCGAAAAUCUCAGUCUGCGAUGGUGUAAUCUCACAGAACGGUCCUGUUCUAACCUGGCCUUGGUUCUGAGUUCCCACACUCGUUUGACAGAACUGGAGCUGAGAGACAACGAUGUGCAAGAUUCAGGGCUGAAGCUGCUUUGCGCUGGUCUUCAGGAUCCAGGAUGCUCACUGCAGAAACUGGGUCUUUCAGGGUGUUGUGUUACAGAAGACGGCUGCUCCGCUCUAGUUUCAGCUUUAAGCUCAGAUCACUCACAGCUCAAAGAGCUCGACCUCAGCUACAAUCAUCCGGGAGAGUCAGGAGUGAGACAGCUGUCUGCUGUACGAGAUAAUCCACGCUUUAACCUGGAGAAACUGAGUGUGGACCACUGUGGGGAGUGCAGGAUCAAACCAGGACUAAAGAAAUACGCCUGUGAGAUCACCCUGGACCCAAACACAGCACACAGAACGCUUUCUCUGAGUGGUGACAAAAAGGUGACAAUGACCAAAGGUGAGCAGCCAUAUCCGGACCACCCAGAUCGGUUUGAGUAUUACGCCGAGGUUUUGUGCAGACAGACCCUGAGCGGUGCUCGCUUCUACUGGGAAACAGAGUGGACUGGCAAUGUUGUUUACAUAGGAGUUACUUACAAAGGUAUCAACAGAAAAGGUCGUGGCAGAGACUGCAAACUGGGGAUGAAUAAUAAAUCCUGGAUUCUUUUCUGUUCUAAUGAUUAUGGCUAUUAUGUCAGUUACAAUAACAAGGAGACAGUGGUACCUAUGCCACCGAAUCCCUCCAGAAGAAUGGGUAUCUAUUUAGACUGGCAGGCUGGUACACUCUCCUAUUUUAUCAUCUCGUCUGAUAGGGUGUAUCACACGUACACAUUUCACACAACAUUCACUGAGGCCCUGUAUCCAGGCAUCCGGGUCUAUAACUACGAUGACACAGUGACGCUGUGUGAGCUCGAAUAAAACAAGAGCAUUCACUUGAAUUUACUGUAGAGUACGUCUACAUACUGAAUGUAUUCAGGAUUUUAUCCACCAGUCAAAACAUGCACACCAUGUAUUUACCCUUCUACGAACCAUUUAUGUUCUUGAUUUAUCUUGAUGUGGCCUGAUUGUAUGGCCGCAAGCCAUUAUUAGCUUUGUCAUUUUUAUAUUGAACUUGUAUUCAACAUACUUUUACUCAACAAGAUUUAUCCUGAAUAUUUUGCCUUGAUAUAUUUCUGUAAAUCUGCUUUGGGACAAUGUCCAUUGUUAAAAGUGCUGUACAAAUCAAACUGAAUUGAAUUGAAAGAUUUCACUUUUAAUCUUUUAAAAUGGAAUAAUUAAUAAUGUAUCUAUGACCCAUUAAUUUAUUCAGAAUAUUAGGCGAUUUUGUUAAUUAUAUUUAUAACUUUGUCAGUCCUGUACUGUAUGUGUGUAUUUGCUGUCCAUGGAAUACAUCUUUGAUGCAUUUUCAUCAGUAUACUGUGUGUUUGUCGUUGUUAGUAUCUUAAAACUUGACUGUUUUUAUGCAGAAUAAAAUAUGUCACUUAAAAGGCUCGUUUUC